AUGUCGAAACGCGACAUCAUCCUCACCAAUGUCACCGUUGUCCAGCUGCUGCGACAGCCGUGCCAGGUGCCCAGACCACCACCACCCGCAUGUGAGCCAGAACCAGAGCCUGAACCUGAGCCUAAACCACUGCCUACAGUGAAGGAAGAGGGAAAGCCACCUCCCCCGCCUCCUCCACCUCCGCCUCCACCGCCACGACCCCCCAAGAACCCUCCACCUCAGGAGUUGAAAGUAGCCAUCAAUGGAUUUGGCCGCAUUGGUCGCCUGGUGUUGCGAGCUUGCGUGGAAAAGGGAGUUAAGGUGGUGGCAGUGAACGACCCAUUCAUUGACCCAGAAUACAUGGUGUACAUGUUUAAGUAUGACUCCACUCACGGCAGAUACAAGGGGAAUGUGGAAUGCAAGAAUGGAAAGCUGUUUGUGAACAACCAGGAGAUCGCUGUCUUCCAGUGCAAGGAACCCAAAGAAAUCCCCUGGAAUUCUGUCGGGAGCCCCUACGUGGUGGAAUCCACAGGCGUGUACCUGUCCUUAGAUGCAGCUUCAGCACACAUCACAUCAGGGGCCCAACGUGUCGUCAUCACCGCACCCUCACCGGAUGCACCAAUAUUCGUCAUGGGUGUGAAUGAGAAGAACUAUGCCCCUGGCUCCAUGAACAUUGUCAGCAAUGCAUCCUGCACCACCAACUGCCUGGCCCCCCUUGCCAAGGUCAUCCAUGAACGAUUUGGAAUCUUGGAAGGACUGAUGACCACAGUCCACUCCUACACGGCCACCCAAAAGACAGUGGAUGGACCAUCAAAGAAGGCCUGGCGAGAUGGACGGGGUGCCCACCAGAACAUCAUCCCAGCCUCCACUGGGGCUGCCAGUGCUGUGGGCAAAGUCAUCCCAGAGCUCAAAGGGAAGCUAACAGGAAUGGCGUUCAGAGUGCCAACCCCAAACGUAUCUGUUGUGGACCUGACUUGCCGCCUGGCCAAGGGUGCCCCCUACUCAGCCAUCAAGGAAGCCGUAAAAGCAGCAGCCAAUGGGCCCUUGGCUGGCAUCCUUGCCUACACGGAGGAUCAGGUCGUCUCUACGGAUUUCAUCGGAGACUCCCACUCGUCCAUCUUCGACGCCAACGCUGGCAUAUCCCUCAAUGACAACUUCGUGAAGCUCAUUGCCUGGUAUGACAACGAAUAUGGCUACAGUCAUCGGGUGGUGGACCUGAUCCGCUACAUGUUCAGCCGAGAGCAAUGAAAGGAAGG